GGAGCCGGGCGGAGCGAGAGCCGGGAGCGGGCCCGCCGCCGCCGCCGCCGCCAUGGGGAACCGCGUUUCGCGGGAGGACUUCGAGUGGGUCUACACCGACCAGCCGCACGCCGAUCGGCGCCGGGAGAUCCUGGCAAAGUACCCAGAGAUAAAAUCCUUGAUGAAACCUGAUUCCAACCUGAUAUGGAUUAUAACUGUGAUGGUUCUCACCCAGUUGGUUGCGCUUUACUUAGUAAAAGACUUGGACUGGAAGUGGGUCCUAUUUUGGGCACAUGUCUUUGGCAGCUGCAUUAAUCAUUCGAUGACUUUGGCAAUUCAUGAGGUUUCCCAUAAUAGUGCCUUUGGCCACUGCAAAGCUAUGUGGAAUCGCUGGUUUGGAAUAUUUGCCAAUCUUCCUAUCGGUGUUCCCUAUUCCAUCUCCUUUAAGAGAUACCACAUGGAUCAUCAUCGGUACCUCGGAGCGGACGGCAUCGAUGUGGAUAUCCCUACCGAUUUUGAGGGCUGGUUUUUCUGUACCACUUUCCGAAAGCUUGUAUGGGUUAUUCUUCAGCCUCUGUUUUAUGCUUUUCGACCUCUAUUCAUCAACCCCAAACCAAUUUCUUAUCUGGAGAUUAUCAAUACUGUAGCCCAGAUUAGUUUUGACAUUUUAAUUUACUACUUUUUGGGCAUUAAAUCUUUAGUCUACAUGUUGGCAGCAUCUUUACUGGGUCUGGGUUUGCACCCAAUUUCUGGACAUUUUAUAGCCGAACAUUACAUGUUCUUAAAGGGACACGAAACUUACUCGUAUUAUGGGCCUCUGAAUUUACUUACCUUCAACGUAGGUUAUCAUAAUGAACAUCAUGACUUCCCUAACAUUCCCGGCAAAAACCUUCCACUGGUGAGGAAAAUCGCAGCUGAAUACUACGACAACCUACCCCACUACAACUCCUGGAUAAAAGUACUGUAUGAUUUUGUGACGGAUGAUACAAUAAGUCCCUACUCGAGAAUGAAGAGGCAUCAAAAGGGGCAGGUGGAACUGGAGUGAGUGCCCUCGUAGCUAGAGAAUUCUCCUUUGAAAUGUUAAAAUAGCUGAUGAAGUGGAAUUUUUGUGUUACUAAAUUUAAGACCAAUGAUGUUUAGAAGCUACCCUAGUACAGUUUCAAAGUAGGCUCUCCAGGGUCUCCAGAAGCUAACAUGGCUUUAACACAGCCUGUCUGCAGUGUCCCCUUCACUCACAGGAAGGACACCUGUUCCUUGGAUUGUCACGGUGGAGGAUGUUUUCACCCACGUCUGUCAUUUUGUAAGCAUACCAUAGAAAAGCUUUUACAAAGCUGUAUGUCUACCACUAUCUUCACUGUAAAGUUUUACUUUAUUAAACCAGCUAAUAAACUGAGUUAUUAAUCACAA